AAAGUGACAGCUCGCGUUUCUUGGUGUUUUUUCUUCUCCCUUCGCUGCCUUCUUUUCAAAACGAGGCUUUGCCGUGAAACACUGUGUCUGCGCUCGAAUCGCGUGUAAAUAUCGAAAAACACCCCCAACAAUGGUCCGUAUCAGCGUGCUGGCCGAUGCACUGAAGUGUAUCAACAAUGCGGAAAAGCGUGGCAAGCGCCAGGUCCUGAUUCGCCCGAACUCGAAGGUGGUCAUCCGCUUCCUGACCGUCAUGAUGAAGCACGGCUACAUCGGCGAGUUCGAAAUCGUGGACGAUCAUCGCAGCGGAAAGGUGGUGGUAAAUCUGACCGGGCGCCUCAACAAGGCCGGCAUCAUCUCGCCCCGGUUCGACACCAAGGUGAACGAUCUGGAACGCUGGACCAACAAUCUGCUGCCGUCGCGUCAGUUUGGCUACGUCGUGCUCACGACCAGCGGUGGAAUCAUGGACCACGAAGAGGCCAGGCGGAAGCAUCUGGGAGGAAAGAUUCUGGGAUAUUUCUUCUAAGCCGCGCACCACGUUCAACGUCCAACGCCUAUUGCAAUGGCGCUCCGUUUGUGCAUCGUGCGGGUGAUGGUUGCCUUCCUGCAUCAACAAUCGCCAGUUUAGAGGCAAGAAGGGUCGACGUACGUCAACAAACUCUCGCCGACCGGAAACGGGAAAGCCUUGAAGUGGGCGGGAAAUACUGUGGGAGAGCUUAAUAAAAGGAAAUAUCCAAAACGGA